CAAGGCUCAUGGGUGGGAGGAGAAAAGAGCUCCGGGGACUCACUAGCUGUCCGGGGUUCAGGCUGACAGUCAGUCACGGGGGGAGGGGGCCCCUUUCUUCUGCCACCCACAGGUGCUAAAACUCUCCCUACCUGCACGGAGGGUGACCGGAGCCCAGUUAAAGGAACCGCCCAUUAGUUCGCGGCUUUGCCCCUCGGGUGGCCCCCCCCCGGCCCGGCCCCGCUUUGAAGCCGUAUUGACACGUGUGUGACACCCGCUAACAAAAGUCCCCGGGCAACAAAGCGGCAGCCACGGCCGGUACCGGCCUUCCGCCGCCAGGGGCCGCUGCCGCCCCGCUCCGCUCCCGGCCCCGCAGCCAGGCCGCGGCUCCCUCCCGGCUGCGCUCGCUCUGCUCCGCCCGGCAGCGGGGCCGGCCCGUGGCGAGGCGGCGCCGGGACCCUGCCCAGCCCGGAGCGGGAGCGGAGCUCGGCCGGGCCGGGCCCGCUGGAGAAGCCCCGCCCGCCUCCCCGGGGGGGCCAUGGCCGAGCGGGCCGCUGCCCAGGCUCCUGCUGUUCCUGAACACGCUCCUGUGAGCGAAGCCCAUCAUCACACUACAGAGAUCUCCUUGUGGACUGUAGUGGCUGCCAUCCAAGCCGUGGAGAGGAAGGUGAAUUCCCAUGCCACGCGAUUACUGAAUCUGGAGGGGAGAACAGGGACAACCGAGCAGAAGUUAACAGACUGUGAGAGGACAGCGAUGGAAUUUGGUAACCAGCUGGAGAGUAAAUGGACUAUUUUGGGAACUCUGAUCCAGGAGAAUAACUUCCUGCAGAGGAGGCUGGAGAACAUGGAGAACCUGCUGAGAAACAGGAACUUUUGGAUCUUAAGACUGCCCCCAGGCACUAAGGGAGAAGUCCCCAAGGUGCCGGUGACAUUUGAUGACGUCUCCGUCUAUUUUAACGAGCAGGAGUGGGAGAACUUAGAGGAAUGGCAGAAAGAGCUUUACAAGAAUGUGAUGAAGGGGAACUAUGAGACUCUGAUCUCUCUGGACUACGCUGUUUCUAAGCCAGACGUUUUAUCCCGCAUUGAGCGAGGGGAGGAGCCGUGUGUCGGGGAUCAGUGGGAAUCCCUGGAAGGAUUGGAGGGAAGAGUCCAGAAGAAGGAAGGGCUGGUGGAAAGAGAAAUCCCUGUGGACCCCAGCGCAGGCCAUGCCAUUUCGAACCCUGACAUCCUGCCCCGGGCUGAAGGAGGGGAGGAGCCGUGUAUUGGGGCCCAGGGGGGUUCGGCGGACAGAGAAAUUCCCCUGGAGCUCAGUACAGAAUCACCAGUUUCCACAUUUGACACUUUACCCUGGAUUAAAGAGGAGGAAGAGCUGGAUGCUGGGGACCAGCAGGAACUGGGGGAAGGAAGAAUUCUCACAGGCUCCAGCAUGGCAAAUGAUGGGACAGCAAGCAAAGAGGAGGAGAAGCCCCAGGAGGGAUGUCUGGAAAAGUUAGAACCACAAGAGGAGGUUUUGCAGAGCCUACAGCAGGGAGCGGCUGCACAGCUGUCUAACCCUGCUGUCAUCAGAAUGGAGCAAUCAACCCAGUGUGGCCGAGACUUCGGCCUGCUUAAGGGCUUUGUGGUGCAGCCGGGAGAAAAGCCCUUUGCCUGCGGUGAAUGUGGGAAAAGCUUCCGGCUGAAGGGGAAUUUGGUCAAGCACCUGCGGAGCCACGCCAAGGUGCGGCCCUACAAGUGCACCGAGUGCGAGAAGAGCUUCAACUGCCAGUCGGACCUGCUGCGACACCAGAUGAUUCACCGCGGGGAGAAGCCCUACAAGUGCAGCGAGUGCGAGAAGAGCUACAGCCGCAAGGUGUAUCUGCUCAACCACCAGCGUGUGCACACGGGGGAGCGGCCCUUCCAGUGCACGGUGUGCGAGAAAAGCUUCCGGCAGAAGGCCGUGCUCAUCUCGCACCAGCGCCUGCACACUGGCGAGCGCCCCUACAAGUGCACCCAGUGCGACAACAGCUUCAGCGAGAAGUCCAAGCUCAACAACCACUACCGCAUCCACACGGGAGAGUGGCCUUACAAGUGCACCAAGUGUGACAAGAGCUACAGCCGCAAGGUGUACCUGCUCAACCACCAGCGCCUGCACACCGGCGAGCGGCCCUUCCAGUGCACUGAGUGCAGCAAGAGCUUCGUGCUCAAGACGAGCUUCUUGAAGCACCAAAGAAAUCACGUGGAAGAGAGACUCCACCAGGGCAGCCCUGUUGCUAAAAGCCAUGGCGGGUCUGUCGACCAUCAGGGUAAUGACCCAGGAGAAGGGCUCAAACGCCACAUUGAGUGUGGAAAAAGCUUCACGGGGAAGCCUGAGCUAGAGACACACCAGCAAGUCCAUAUCCGGGAGUGGCCACAUCAGUGUGGCACAUGUGAGAAAAGCUUCCAAUACAAGGAAUCUCUGAAAGAACAUCAGAGUCUCCACAGCACAGAGCAAGGGCAUCCGGAGGUUUUUCGGAGCCCCGGACAGGGAGCAGAGGCCGGACUCCUGGUUGUAAAGAUGGAAGAUACGUGGUUUUACCACAGGCCCACGGGGCCGGCCCGUGGCGAGGCGGCGCCGGGACCCUGCCCAGCCCGGAGCGGGAGCGGAGCUCGGCCGGGCCGGGCCCGCUGGAGAAGCCCCGCCCGCCUCCCCGGGGGGGCCAUGGCCGAGCGGGCCGCUGCCCAGGCUCCUGCUGUCCCUGAACCCACUCCUGUGAGCGAAGCCCAUCAUCACACUACAGAGAUCUCCUUGUGGACAGUAGUGGCUGCCAUCCAAGCCGUGGAGAGGAAGGUGAAUUCCCACGCCACGCGAUUACUGAAUCUGGAGGGGAGAACAGGGGCAACCGAGCAGAAGUUAACAGACUGUGAGAGGACAGCGAUGGAAUUUGGUAACCAGCUGGAGAGUAAAUGGACUAUUUUAGGAACUCUGAUCCAGGAGAAUAACUUCCUGCAGAGGAGGCUGGAGAACAUGGAGAACUUGCUGAGAAACAGGAACUUCUGGAUCCUGAGACUGCCUCCAGGCACUAAGGGAGAAGUCCCCAAGGUGCCGGUGACAUUUGAUGACGUCUCCGUCUAUUUCAAUGAGCAGGAGUGGGAGAACUUAGACGAAUGGCAGAAAGAGCUUUACAAGAACGUGAUGAAGGGGAACUAUGAGACACUGAUCUCCCUGGACUACGCUGUUUCUAAGCCAGACGUUUUAUCCCGCAUUGAGCGAGGGGAGGAGCCGUGUGUCGGGGAUCAGUGGGAAUCCCUGGAAGGAUUGGAGGGAAGAGUCCAGAAGAAGGAAGGGCUGGUGGAAAGAGAAAUCCCUGUGGACCCCAGCGCAGGCCAUGCCAUUUCGAACCCUGACAUCCUGCCCCGGGCUGAAGGAGGGGAGGAGCCGUGUAUCGGGGCCCAGGGGGGUUCGGCGGACAGAGAAAUUCCCCUGGAGCUCAGUACAGAAUCACCAGUUUCCACAUCUGCCCCUUUACCCUGGAUCAAACAAGAGGAAGAGCUGGAUGCUGGGGACCAGCAGGAACUGGGGGAAGGAAGAAUUCUCACAGGCUCCAGCAUGGCAGAUGAUGGGACAGCGAGCCAAGAGAAGGAGAAGCCCCAGAAGGGAUGUCUGGAGAAGUUGGAGCAGCAAGGGAUGUCAUCGGUGAAAUCUGAAGAGGAGGUUUUGCAGAGCCUACAGCAGGGAGCGGCUGCACAGCUAGUUAGCCCUGCAGUGAUCAGAGUGGAGAAAUCCACCCAGUGCGACCGAGACUUCGGCCUGCUCAAGGGCUUUGUGGUGCAGCCAGGAGAGAAGCCCUUUGCCUGCGGUGAAUGCGGGAAAAGCUUCCGGCUGAAGGGGAAUUUUGUCAAACACCUGCGGAGCCACGCCAAGGUGCGGCCCUACAAGUGCACCGAGUGCGAGAAGAGCUUCAACUGCCAGUCGGAGCUGCUGCGACACCAGAUGAUUCACCGCGGGGAGAAGCCCUACAAGUGCAGCGAGUGCGAGAAGAGCUACAGCCGCAAGGUGUAUCUGCUCAACCACCAGCGUGUGCACACGGGGGAGCGGCCCUUCCAGUGCACGGUGUGCGAGAAAAGCUUCCGGCAGAAGGCCGUGCUCAUCUCACACCAGCGCCUGCACACUGGCGAGCGCCCGUACAAAUGCAGCGAGUGCGGUAAGAGCUUCACUCAGCAGUCCAAGCUGACCAACCACUAUCGUAUCCACACAGGCGAGCGCCCCUACAAGUGCACCCAGUGCGACAACAGCUUCAGCGAGAAGUCCAAGCUCAACAACCACUACCGCAUCCACACAGGAGAGCGGCCUUACAAGUGCACCGAGUGUGAGAAGAGCUACUGCCGCAAGGAGUAUCUGCUCAAUCACCAGCGCCUGCACACCGGCGAGCGGCCCUUCCAGUGCACUGAGUGCAGCAAGAGCUUCAUGCUCAAGAGGAGCUUCAUGAAGCACCAAAGAAAUCACGUGGAAGAGAGACCCUACCAGGACGGCCUGGCUGCAAAAAGCCAUGGUGGGUCUGUCAGCCGUCAGGAUAACGACCUGGGAGAAGGGCUGACGUGCCGCACUGAAUGCGGGGAAAGCUUCACGGGGAAGCCUGAGCUAGAGACGCACCAGCAGGUCCAUGUCAGGGAGCGGCCACAUCAAUGUGGCACGUGUGGGAAAAGCUUCCGAUACGAGGAAUCUCUGAAAGAACAUCAGAGUCUCCACAGCACAGAGCAAGGGCAUCCGGAGGUUUUUCGGAGCCCCGGACAGGGAGCAGAGGCCGGACUCCUGGUUGUAAAGAUGGAAGAUACGUGGUAGCCAGUGGAGUUAACGUAGCAGGUGCGUUAGUCAGACAAAAGGCAAGAGGAGGAGUUGAAAUGUCCAUGGUUUAGAGAGAGCUUCACCUCCUCAGAUCUGACUGUGUGUCUGAGCCCCUGGAGGAGAGGUGGAAACCCAGCCAGUGGACUUCCUUCUGUCACCACCUGAAAGGGGAACCAGGGACACUAGCUGAGGAGGAUUCUUCUCUCUCAACUGAAAAUGCAGCAAUGGCAGCGUGGGGACACGCAGGGGAACCAGCUUCUGCUUGCGAAACAUCCCCACACGAUGGCAGGCAGACGGGACCGGGAGAGGAAGAACUAGAAGGGACAUGAAUGACUGGGAGUAGGAGGGGGAUGGGCACUCUGUAUAGAAGGCCUGUCGCUGGGCCUCACUGGACAAGACUGAAUUGCAAUUGCUUGAGCUAUAAGCUGACAUCUCAAGUUCAGCCCUGUGGCCCAGGUCCAAUAUAGUUUUGGAGGUCUGGUCUGCUCUUGUUCCUAAGGCGACCCUCGCUUUAGCUUUCACUCACCUUGAGGUCAUGUGAAUUCUCUAGUGACUCCAGCAGAAGAGGGACUCAGGAGUAAAAUAAAAAAGGGGAGAUAAUGAGAAAUGCCCUGAAAAAAGUGGGGAACACAUGGGAGAUCAGUAGGCACAGGUGCUGGAACAGUUUGGGGUAUAAUGAGAGCCAUUGAACCAAACUGUAAACCCUGCGUGUGAUGGAAACCUUUCAGGCCAGGGGUUGCGGCAGCACCCUUACUUCCUGCACCUAUGUUAGUAGGUAAAUCCAAAAAGAUGUUCUCCCAGACUCCGGACCCAAGUCACCACCGUGGAGCUUUUCACUUGGGCAGGUGGGGAGCGUGGGGGCAUGGGGGUGGUAUUUGUGUUAUUUUUUUAUUAUGUAACAUGUACAGAUCUGAUCAUGACUUUUAAAACCUAAAGGUAACACUGUCACCUCAUCCUUCAGAGUGAGAAGGCGGUUGUUCCUACCUCCCCGCCAUUUUCUCAGCCAGUUCAGGGUUUCCCUGGAGCGGUUAUUUUGAUGUACAUACUAUAAUUUGCAUUUUCUGCUGUUCUUUCGUAUGGCUGUCGUAGAGCAGGAACUACAAUUUCACCUGAAGUUGAUCGAGCCAAGUGGCUACGUCAGGAGUAGCAGAGUUUAUUGCAGUGAUGCCUCCUUCAUAUUUAUCAAUUGGGCAGUAGGUAGUGACGUGGUCGAUGGUCAGUCCUGGGGAACCACACUCACACAUCGGGGAGUCCUUGAUUUUCCGUUUGUGCAUUAGAUAUCCGCAUCUACCAUGGUUGGUUCGAAUUUGGUUCAGAGUUGACCAAGAUGACCGUGGAAGGUUAAACCCAGGAACCUUCUGCAUGGGAUCUGGCACAAGGUGCUUAGUCUCGUUUAACCCAAUCUGUUUUCCAAGCCUCCUCCUGAUCAUAACCUGAUUGCAUGAGGCUAAACGAAUGUCCCCAGAAAGGUUUGUGGAACUUAAGACAUGGCAGGGGGGUGUUGUCAGGGUCUUGGGGAAUAGGAAGGCAUCUGUUUUCCUGAAUUCACUGAGCUUUGCGGUAUGUUGCAGCCGUUCAGCGUAUCGGCAGGAGAGCGAUGUUAGACAGGACAGCUAGCCGUGGUGUUGGAGUUGAUUUAAGGGUUCCUGUAAUGCACCGUAUCACUAUUCAGCUGAGUAUCCACAAGUCGUGUGUGGCUGCAUCUGCUCCAUUCUGGUGCACACUAUUCAGCUACUGAAUAUACAAGUGUUAUUGCAGAUGUUCACAAUACUGAUGCUGAUGCACUCCAGGUUGUACCUGUUAGUUUCUGGAUUAUGCUGGCUCUCGUUUUUAUCUUUGCAGCUACCUUCUCAGGAUGAUCAUGGAAGGAGAAGGUGCGAUUGCGUUUCACUCUCAGAUAUGUUGGAGUGUAAUCGUGUUGCACAUUUUUACCACAGAAAGCUACUUUCAGUAUGGUUUUGGCACUCUUAUUAUCAAGAUGAAAUGCGCUUACUAUUGUUUUUCCAGGGUUCGGUUUGAGCCUCCAUUUCCGGACAUAUUGUUCCAUAUAUUAGAGGUCCUCAGUUAACGCUUUCUCAAUGUCGUGGAGGUUUGAUGCUUGGAUUGCCAUGGCAAGAUCAUCUGCAUAUCCAAAUGUUCAUGAUUUAGUUGGAGGCACUAAUGUAAAUAUUAAAAAGGGUUGGCACAAGUA